AACAAAAAAAAAAAAAAAAAANAGAAGAAGGAAAAACCCCAAACCCGCCGCAGCCGACGAUGUACUUAAUUCCCGAUCUAGUGGAAGAGAUUCUCCUCCGACUGCCGUUGAAUUCCAUCUUCAAAUUCACCACAGUCUCCAAACAAUGGAAAUCGAUUAUGAGGACAAGGAGGUUCGCGGAGAGGCGUAUCAAACUUGAGAGGAAGAAGAAGAAGAAGAAGCCGAAAUUCCUAGCCGCCGUAGACCACCACCACCGGUCCGACUCGCCCCGAUUCGAAGAAAUCGACGAAGAGAUCAAUCUGGUCUAUUUAAACAGCUACGACGCCACCACACGACCUUCCCUCACAUGUGAAGGUUUGGUUUGCAUCCCCGUACCAGGUUCCGUCAAUGUUUACAAUCCUUGUACCGGAGCUUCCAUUAGUUUCCCUUCCGGCCCAGAUCCUGUUGAUACCCGCUAUGGUCGCCGCUUUUCCACGUGUUAUUGGUGGAAUACUUUUCCUGCAUAUUGGGUGAUGGGAUUUGGUAGAGACAUAGUGAAUGGGAGCUAUAAAGUAGUGAGGAUGUUUUUCAAUCAAGAACCAUCCUCAUUGAAUAUUGGUGAAUGGAAGAGAUCACUGAAUCCACCUCCUUACAAUGUUGAAGCUAGGAGGAAGUCUGCGUUUGUCAAUGGUUCAAUCUACUGGUUAGAAAUGAUGGAGCGUCAUGGUAUACUAGCUUUGGAUCUUCACACUGAAGAGUUUCGUGAUCUCCCAACUCCUCCUGUUUGUUGCGUGUCUGACCAAUUGGUUAACCUUGAUGACCGUUUAGCUAUUGCCAAAACGGAUAAUAGCUGUGGUUGGAGAUUAGAGAUAUUGUGUUUUGAUCCACAAGGUAUGGAUUGGAGUUUGACUUACUCCAUCGGUCUUGAGACGGUUGUUCCUUCUCAGCCAUGGCAAGUCUGGUUCAGGCCAUUGGCGGUUUCUAGGAAGGGGAAUCUUUUCUUCUGUGACAGUGAGAAGAGGUUGUUCAAGUAUUGUCCUGAGACACGCGUCCUCCGUUGCAUUGCUUCUGAGAUUUGUGUUUUGUCUCCUUUCAUCGAAGAUUUGGUGUCACUUCCUUCUGCAUUUUCUGUUCCCGAGACAUUGGCUUCAAAGUUUGGGUUUUUUAAAUGGUUCCCCCCAAGUGUUUUAUUUGCCACCUCUCUAGUGUCUCUAGUACUUUUGAGCCACUUUGUUGUUUCUUCUAGGUCUUGAUGUUAGUGUUAGUGGUUCUAUAUCAUUUUGGUCUUGCUUUUGUUAUUUUAUCCAAAAACAUUUAUGAAUGAGUUUUCUUUUUAGCU